AUGACCAGGUCGCCAGCACACGUCAAGAGACCGAGCAACGCCUUUUUCAUAUUUCGCAGUCAGUUUGCCAAAUUAUGUGGUGAUUCCAUAAAGUGCCAGCAAGCGUUAUCAAAGGCCGCAGCCAAACAGUGGCACAGUCUUCCCCGAGACUUCAAACAGUCUUUUGUGGAAAUGGCCAAGCGAGAAAAGAAACAGCACCUCAUCGAUCAUCCUGGCUAUCGGUACGUACCGCAAAAGAAGAAUACUACUCCUACCAGAUCAACAACGCAUCAAACACAAUCAAAGCGGGAGUCGCCCAAGUCUAAAUCGCCACGAGAAUCUCCCACGGCCAAGUCGACAACUGUGAAGACCAACGAAAACCUGCACAAGAUUAUACUCAAAUUCAGUAACUGCGGACAAUCACUGCAACAGGUACAACAGGCACAGCAAGACGGUGUUCUUCCCCAAAUUGACAUUCUAGACGAGAUCACCAAGUAUAACGUUGACGUUUGUCUGGAUCAUAACAGAAAAACCACCUGUGACCACCACGACGUUCUACUCGUACCGGAGCCUCAGCCGCGCCACGCCGACAAACCCACUUGGAAACAAGAAACCAGUUCUUUCAUCACGCGCUCACCAGAAAAGUAUCAGAUGUACAAGGACGCCAAUAUUCAGACUUCCUGCGCACUAGAUCAUCUUGACACUUGGACACUCACUAUCCAGGUGGUGGACACUAUCCAGAGUUGUCUGUGGUGGACACUAUCCGCGGGUGUCUGCAAUUGGUUAUAG